AUGGAGCUGUUGGCAUCUUCUAAUGCUGCUGUUUGGCUGCUCUUCUGCCUGGGAGCUCUCUCUGUGAGUGAGGGGGGGAAGCUUCUGGUAGUGCCUAUGGAUGGCAGCCACUGGCUCAGUAUGAGCUCGGUGGUAGAGAGGCUGGCACAGAAUGGGCAUGAGAUUAUAGUUGCAAAGCCAGAGAACAGCAUAGUGAAGUUUGACUCUAAUCUUUACACCUUGAGGAAUUUCUCCACCCCCUACAGCAACCAAGAUAUCCAUGAACACCUGCAGCAGUUUGUUGGCUCUCAGUUCAGCGGUUCUUCUCUCAUUGAGGUGGUUCUGACAGCUCGUAAUAGUUUAAUGGAUGUUCAACAUAUGAUGAUCAACAUGUGUAAAAGUUUGUUGCAAAACAAGCAACUCAUCCAGAACCUGCAGGAGGAGAAGUUUGAUGCGGUGCUUAAUGACCCAAUGUUUUUUUGUGGUGUAAUCCUUGCAGAGCACCUUGGGAUCCCUUCUGUUCAUUUUCUAAGAGAGGUUCCUUGUAUGUAUGAUUAUAUAAGUGCACAGUGUGACAGCCCCCUUUCCUAUGUGCCCAGGCACUUCACCCAGAACUCAGAUAAGAUGAACUUUUUACAGCGUGUGGGGAAUACACUGCUCAGGUUGGCUGAGCCUAUUUUUUGUGGGGCAGCAUUUCGAGGGUGGGAACAUCUGGCCUCCGAAUUCCUACAGAGAGAGGUGACUGCUAUACAGCUGCUCAGCAGAACCUCUGUCUGGCUCAUGAGAGUUGAUUUUGUUUUUGAUUAUCCGAGACCCGUGAUGCCCAACAUGGUUUAUAUAGGGGGUAUCAACUGUGCAGGGACAAAGCCACUUUCUUGGUUGAGAAAAUGUUCUGAAGCCGUAACAGUUUAUUUAGACAGAUGA